AUGACUCGGGCCCAACAGACCAUCUCGAUUGCCCUGCUCCUCUCCUCGCUCUACCUGGCCAUCUUCACAGAGAUAAUACCACUCCCUGAGAAAGUCCAAACUGAGAUUGUCCCAGUGAUCCCGUUCUGGGCGCUCGUCUCCUUCGGUUCCUACCUCCUGUUCAAGCUCGGAUGGGGCGUGUUCACGUUCAACGAUGUUCCGGACGCUCAUAAGGAAUUACUUGGCCAGAUAAAGGAGGCGAGGGCAGAGCUGCGCGCCAAAGGGGUCGACGUCGGAGAAGACUGA